CUGCCCACACACACACACACACAUACACACACACGGAACUUAACAUGUCCACACACGCACACACACACAUACACACACAUGCAUAUUAACUUGUCCAAACAUAUGUCCCAUUAGGGUACACAGUCCACACCCCGGAUUGUUUUCUCCCUUCAGUAUAUUGAAAUGGAUUAGGUCCUCCUCGGGUCCAUAAUAUGUAUGUCACUGUCCUUUUUGUUGAUCCCAAUAAGUAUCGUUGUUUUGGAAUAAGUCAAGAUGAGAGAAAAAUAAAAACUAUAUUCAUGCCUUUGCCCUUACUGCUUUACUUUUUUCAAGGGCGAAUCUUUGUUCAAGUACGAUAGGUUACUCGCUAAGGCCUUAGAGAAAAUGUACUCUCAGGAAAUCAUAUCAACGUUGUCAACGGAUUUGAUGGCUAUUCUCGCCCCACCCUUCCAUCCCGAUCAGCACUCGGAAUGGAAGAAAACAAGCGGAACCUUUUGGCACCUGACGCGAGAAGGAGCGAAGGAGAUGGAAACAGAUACCUCCACGCUCUCCAGUUACGAUGAGAAGACAGGAAAAGGAAAACAUAAGAAAGAAAAGGAAAGGAAAGGAGAGAAGGAGACGGAAACAGAUACCUCCACGCUCUCCAGUUACGAUGAGAAGACAGGAAAAGGAAAACAUAAGAAAGAAAAGGAAAGGAAAGGAGAGAAGGAGACGGAAACAGAUACCUCCACGCUCUCCAGUUCCGACGAGGAGACAGGAAAAGGAAAACAUAAGAAAGAAAAGGAAAGGAAAGGAGAGAAGGAGACGGAAACAGAUACCUCCACGCCCUCCAGUUCCGACGAGGAGACAGGAAAAGGAAAACAUAAGAAAGAAAAGGAGAAGGAAGGAGAGAAAGAAGGAAAAGGAAAACAUAAGAAAGAAAAGGAGAAGGAAGGAGAGAAAGAAGGAAAAGGAAAACAUAAGAAAGAAAAGGAGAAGGAAGGAGAGAAAGAAGGAAAAGGAAAACAUAAGAAAGAAAAGGAAAGGAAAGGAGAGAAGGAGACGGAAACAGAUACCUCCAAACUCUCCAGUUCCGACGAGAAGACAGGAAAAGGAAAACACAAGAAAGAAAAGGAGAAGGAAGGAGAGAAAGAAGGAAAAGGAAAACAGAAGAAAGAAAAGGAAAGGAAAGGAGAGAAGGAGACGGAAACAGAUACCUCCACACUCUCCAGUCCCGACGAGAAGACAAGAAAAGGAAAACAUAAGAAAGAAAAGGAAAGGAAAGGAGAGAAGGAGACGGAAACAGAUACCUCCACGCUCUCCAGUUCCGAUGAGAAGACAGGAAAAGGAAAACAUAAGAAAGAAAAGGAAAGAAAGGAGAGAAGGAGACGGAAACAGAUACCUCCACGCCCUCCAGUUCCGACGAGGAGACAGGAAAAGGAAAACACAAGAAAGAAAAGGAGAAGGAAGGAGAGAAAGAAGGAAAAGGAAAACAUAAGAAAGAAAAGGAAAGGAAAGGAGAGAAGGAGACGGAAACAGAUACCUCCACGCCCUCCAGUUCCGACGAGGAGACAGGAAAAGGAAAACACAAGAAAGAAAAGGAGAAGGAAGGAGAGAAAGAAGGAAAAGGAAAACAUAGGAAAGAAAAGGAAAGGAAAGGAGAGAAGGAGACGGAAACAGAUACCUCCACGCCCUCCAGUUCCGACGAGGAGACAGGAAAAGGAAAACAUAAGAAAGAAAAGGAGAAGGAAGGAGAGAAAGAAGAAAAAGGGAAACACAAGGAAAAAGGAAAAGGGAAAAAGAAGAAAAAUAAAGCGUAUUUCUUCAAUAAGCUCAAAACUCUCCUUACCCUCCCGGAAAACUGAUAAGGAAAAAAACAGAUAAGAUAAAAAAGGAAACAAAAAGUUUCCAGUUCUGACGAGAAGGCAGGGAAAGGGACACAGAAGGGAAACUGGAACUGAUGAAUGAGGUGGCCUCUCUCAAUUCACUAUUGAGAGGUUAUAUGACAGUGUCACCCUUUCCUGAUUGGAUGCCCUUCCUAAUCAACCGCGGUUCGGCGCGCUAACACCUGUGCCGCGGCGGCGACUUCCCCUAC